AUGGAGCUCACCUCUUUCGUGGAUGACAAUAAGAUGCUCUACCUUCUUGGCGGUACAGUUUUUGUCGUCUCUAUCGUAGUGACGACAUUUUUUGUGAGAACAAAAGCGAAUCGUUUGAAUUGGUUCGAGCAGAAUCUUGUAGAAAUGUCUAUGGACGCGCAUCAUUACCAUUGCAAAUCGUUCAACAGAACUGAUACCGAAGAAGAUACAAAAAGCAUCGAUCAAUUCCGCGAGCGUGUUCAGCGCCACUCACAUGGCAUCCUUCCGGUACGAGAUCCUGCUGCCGAAACCAGCCUUCCGACUGGUGAUGUCACCGAAAAGUUUGUUAUUCCACGAUUUUCACGGACAAGUCAAAGCAUGUUUGCGAAUCCACAACAAAGCCAAUUUGAUCGUGGAUUAUAUCAGUGCACACCAACUGAUGAAUCAGCGUGUACAGAUGAGAUGGGAACAUCUGGAUCCAUACAGUUGAGUAUGUCUUUGGAUGCAAAUCUGGGUCUGCUCACAGUAUCUCUAAAGCAGGCGUACGAUUUGCCAAGCAAACGACAAGAUGACAAUCCAAAUCCGUAUUUCCGAGUGGCGCUGGAUAUCCCAGAUGGGACGAAAACACAGCAGCAGACAAAAACAUUCCGUGCAACAACCUCACCGGAAAUAGGGGAAGACUUUUAUUUUCAGAUUCCUGCUGCUCAUAUUGCUUCCUGCCGUUUGGAAAUUAUGGUGUAUGAUUACGAUCAAUUUAGCGUCGACGAAUGUGUGGGUUAUUGCUGGCUUACACUUGGCCGUCUAAGUGUUUCACUGGAGAAAGAAAAUCCAACAGUGUUUUGGGCAGAAGUGCUGCCGUACGACGAAAAUGGAGGGUCUGGUUUCGGGGAGGUUUUGUUUUCACUCGCAUAUUUGUCUCAAGCACAGAGACUCACCAUGAACAUAUUUAAAGCUCGAAAUUUGCGAUGUCGAGGCGAUGGAGCGAUCUCGAUCCGAGUGUCGCUGAUUGGAAAUGAUGAGAAACGGUUGAAACGAAAGAAAACCGUAUCAAGAAGAAACGUAAGAAACGCACAGUUUAAUGAGUCGUUGACCUUCGGUGUUCCAAAACGAUCGCUGUGUGAUGUUUCCCUCGAAAUUGAGGCUAUGCAUGAAUCAGGGACGUUUGGUAUGACAACAGAAGUAAUUGGACGAAUGGAACUCCCCCUUCACAGGUGCAAGGAUCUAUGGAGAGCAAUUAUCCACGAAGAAAAAUCACAAGCGCGAUGGUAUCCACUAGAGGAGCCUUGA